CUUUUUUUUUUUAUGACAAGGACCGGGCACAAGCUAUAUGGUGACGUCAUUUCACGCUGAUUUCUACUCUCAAACCAUUAGACCAAUGAGUCCCGUGUUGUUGAAGGAGUGAUUAUAUCAAUCGUUGUUCUUAUGAUCGUCCCUCAGCGUGGACUUUGACUCGCUUUCCCAGCAUGCCUUGCGUGUUGCUGUCCAGCGAGAAGGAGUGACUGUGUGGAAAAUCGGCCGGGCGACGCUUUUUGCCAUUCACCCGAGCGCUCGCUCGCUACGAUGCAUUUGUAUCGUUCCAAAUAAGGACGAACGAGAAGAAGCGCGGAAGGUGACGACGUUUGUUGCUCCAGCGAUGCCGCUCUUCGCCACCAACCCGUUCGAUCAAGAUGUUGAGAAAGCAACCAGUGAGAUGAACACCGCAGAGGACUGGGGCCUCAUCUUGGACAUUUGUGAUAAGAUUGGACAGUCGCGCAACGGGCCCAAAGAAUGUCUCCGCUCCAUCAUGAGACGAGUGAAUCACAAGGAUCCUCACGUGGCCAUGCAGGCACUCACCCUUCUUGGCGCGUGCGUGUCAAACUGUGGCAAGAUCUUUCAUCUGGAGGUGUGCUCCAGAGAGUUUGCCAGCGAAGUCAGCAACGUCUUAAAUAAGGGUCACCCGAAAGUGUGCGAGAAGCUGAAGGCGCUGAUGGUGGAGUGGGCCGAGGACUUCCGCAGCGACCCCCAACUCAGCCUGAUUUCGGCCAUGAUCAAGAAUCUGCGCGAGCAGGGCGUGGCCUUCCCCGCGGUGGGCUCCCAGGCGGCGGAGCAGGCGAAAGCCAGUCCCGCCUUGGUGGCCAAGGAUCCCGCCGCCUCAAACAAGAAAGAAGAAGAAGACUUGGCCAAAGCCAUCGAGCUGUCGCUGAAGGAGCAGAGACAGCAGACGCAGACGUCCUUUUCCGGCCUCUACCCCAGCACCUCGGCGCUCAUGCCCGCGCACAAGUCGGACGGACGCAAGGUGCGCGCCAUCUACGACUUCGAGGCGGCCGAGGAUAACGAGCUCACCUUCAAGUCGGGAGAGAUCAUCACCAUCCUGGACGACAGCGACCCCAACUGGUGGAAAGGGGAGACCUAUCAGGGGGUCGGCCUCUUCCCCUCCAAUUUUGUCACGGCCGAUCUCACAGCGGAACCGGAGAUGAUGAAGACAGAGAAAAAGACGGUGCAGUUCAGCGAGGACAUUCAGGUGGAGACCAUCGAGCCGGAACAGGAGCCCGCUUUUAUCGACGAGGACAAAAUGGACCAACUGCUGCAGAUGAUUCAGAGUGCAGACCCCACCGAUAACCAGUCGGACAGUGUUGAGUUGCUACAGCUCGAAGGAGCCUGCAAUCAAAUGGGACCCCUCAUUGACCAGAAACUGGAGGACAUCGAUCGGAAGCACUCUGAGCUGUCGGAGCUCAACGUCAAGGUGAUGGAAGCUCUCUCGCUGUACGCCAAGCUCAUGAACGAAGACCCCGUGUACGCCAUGUACGCCAAGCUGCAGAGUCAGCAGUACUACAUGCAGCAGCCCCCCGCCGCCGCCGCGCAACAACAGCAGGUAUACUCCGCCGCUCCCGCGUCGAGUUCGUACGGCAUGAGCGGCGGCGGCGGCGUGCCGGCUUACAACGUGCCCGUGGAGCAGCUUCAAGGCCAGACGCCCGCGCACAGCGAGGCCCACCUGUACAUGACGCAGCCUGCCGCGUACGCCGCGCCGGGCGGCCUGCCGUCGGUUGACGCUCACGCCUACCCGGUUCCCGGGACGAGCCCCGCCGCCGUCGCGCAGGCGCUACCUAACUACGGCGCCCCCUCUGGCCAAAUGGCGCCGCCUUCCGCGGAGCCGCCGCAAGCCCCCUACUCGGAGAAGGCCUUGCUAUAGGCCGCCGCCCCUUCAUCGCUCCGCAAACGGUCAGCAUCGCAGCGCCAGAUCCCACGUUUCUUUCACGGUGAUCUUGUGACGACGCUGAAAUCCAAGGUAAAAACGGCCACCCUGCCCAUUUUCCGACACGGCCAACAAUUGUCAUGCUACGUGCGCUUUCACAACAACAACCAGGUCAGUUUGUCCCAAAAUGUCUGAAGUAGGGCGAGGGAAAAAAAAGGCCAGUUCACAUUAUUUGGAUUAUUAGCUCAAGUUGAACUUACAUGAAUUGUAAUCAAUGAAUAAUGUCAACUCGUUUCUAUUCCUACCGCGAGAUUAGCACGUUUUGCGAUUUCGGGGAAAAAAAAAAAAACAUUCCAAAAAUCAAUUGUCCUUUAUUUUUCCCAAGCCUUGUGUUUUGUUGUUCCCAAGAAUCACUUUUCCCCUUUCCUGGAAAGGGGAAAUAGCCCGGUCACCUUGUGGCCACAUUUUAUGAAGUCAAACAGAAAAAGUUCCGUCGUACGUCUUACUGAUCCUCGCUAAUGAAUCAUUCAUAUUGUUGAUUUUUGUUGCGUAAAUUCAAGACUUUUUGGAAAAGUUGUUUUUUGAAUUGAAAAUGCCAACUCUCCCCUACAGCAACAAUAAUCCAAAAUGUCAACGUAUCGGGAGCAAGCAAAGAAUUCCCCCCAAAAUAUUGUAUCCCAUGACGAACUCAACUUAAAAAAAUGAACCCAUUCCAGUCAUUGUGCACUCCUUGCGUUUGUGGCAAGAGAACACACGCCACCUUGCAAUUCCGGUCAUGAUCGACAUGAGGAAUGAGUAAUGUUUCCCCCCCCCCCCCGACAGUGAAAAUUGGAAUCGUUUUUUUUUUUUCCGGCACUGUUGAUUUUCCUUGCACUCUGUGUUGUUUUGUUGCCGCAAUCUAAACGACAAAAACUCCCAUGUGAUAACAGCCUUUGUACUCACUACUGUGCUAAGCGUGUCCUCCAAAAGUGGCGUUGACUUUGUCUCCGUUCUAGAUAUAUGUUUCUCCAAGUACUGAAAACUGAAGCCACUUUUAUUUGUAUUUUUUUUUUUUUUUCUUUUCGGGGGCGGGGUGAGCAACGCAAAGCAUGCACAUGGCUCUUGUAAAUAAUGUUUAGCACAGUUAGCGCCCGGCCUCGGACAACUAAGUGGGGAAAACAACUUGGCUUUGUUGUUUCUUUUGUAGAGUAUUUUAAUUUAUGUAUCGGUUGUGAUGCUAUUACAACGUGGUGAGAAACGGCGCAAGACGACGUACGUGUUCGGGGAAGGUGACGGACGGCUGACGGUCCGAUUCUGUUCAUUGUACGUGAUAAAAGGAAGGAAAUGUCUCGGGGUCGCCGUUUGUCAUGAUCAUAUUGUUGGAUGAGAACACAAAGCGAAGCUCCUUUUGUGCAUUUGGAAGCUGAACUGAAUUACAAAGUCGACCACUUGAAUUCCCUGCCUAUGCUGUUAACUCGAUUUUACGCAGCCACACCAGGUGAACUUGUGUAGAUGUUCGGAAUGACUGCUGAUGAGGUCAUUAAAUUGCUAUAGAGUGACAGCGGAA